UGUGGGGCCCAAGGGGGUGCUGAGGAGACCCAGCUCUGCUGUCAAGGGAAGGAAGAGCCUGGCUGCCGUACCUGGAAGGAAGGAGGACAGGUGUCCCCAGGGGCCCAGCUGGCUCUACUGCAGGGUGCUUCUGAGAGGGAACUGCUGGCAGUGGGAGACGGAGGCUUCAGCCCCCAAAUCUGAGAGACAGUGGAGUGGGCGAGCCAAGCUGGGUUCCUCGAGACCCUGUCCACCCACCUGAGCCUCGAGGAGACAGGCUGAGCUGCACAGAGCAGGACAGCUGGGAUGCUGCCUGCAGCUUGGGGCCCUGAGAUCCCCCCAGCUGCCAGCUGGGAGGCUGGGACAGGAAAAACUCCAGUGUUUGGUCCCUGAGGAAGGAUAAAGACGGGGAGCAGAGUGAGAAAGGGUUGCUGGCAAAGGAAGCAUGGGUUUUCUAGGACCACCAGCCACACCCGGGGAGGCGACUGAGCAUGGGGCUCUGGGCAAUUGUAUUUUCUCUGGAAUAAAGAAGUCGGGGAGGAGGGUGCGGGCUGGUCCUACUCUUCAUUUUAUGGAGAUGAAUACUUCACCUAGAGUCUACUCUUCCAAGAGCCCAGUGCUGGGAGGAAUGAGAGGCUCAGGAAGGUCAGCCCCUGCCUCCUCUUUACCAGCUCUGUGUUCAUUUUAGCCGACAUCUGCCAGGUGCACAGUCAACUAAGAAACAAGGCAGAGUGGAAAAGGGUGAAAUAGAGGUGUAACUCAGAAGUGAAGGAGCACAAAGGGUGGGUGAGGCAUAGGGUGGGUGAGGCAUGCCGACCGUGGGCCCUCGAGGACUUCUCCGUGGACAGGAGGGCAUUUGAGCCAGGCCUUCAAGGAUGGCCCUUGAAGGAUGGAGGUCAGGAGGGGGGAGAGUAUUCCAGGCUAAGGAAACAACAGGCGCCUGUCGUUGGGGUGAGUGGAAGCAUGAUUGUCGGGAGAAAGUCUGGCAGGAGGGGCUGAGGCUGGGAAGGGAGACGGGGCACAAACCAGACAGUGAGGACCACGUGAAAGAUACUUAUUCUGUGGGCAGUGGGGAGCCACUGCAUGUUGUUGAGUGAGGCACAGUGGUGCCACCUGACCUGUUUGGGGAAGGCAGCUCUGACAGCCCUGAGAAGGACUUGGAGGGGGAAAGACUGGCCCUAACAGGAAUGGGAGGGAGGAGAUAAAUCAGUGUAGAUGUAGACUCCAUUCAAAAAAGGAAGAGUGACUGAAUGGAGGUGAGGAAGAGGGAAGGGUCAGGACUCUGGUGGAAGAAGAGAUGAGGGCUAGGGAAGGGAGGGGAGGUUUGGCUGGGAAGGACCUGGACUGAGCCUGCUGAGUCCCCGCCGGCGCAUCCCUGGAUCUCCAGGAAUGCCAUUUCUCACUCCCCCAAGGGCAUGUGCACCAGGGCCAGGCAGGGGAGUCAUGUUGCUGGGCCAUUUCUGGAAUGCUGCCACUGGACACAGAGACCUUCAGCAAGGGGACACGGAACAGUCCUCAUCCAUUCAUUCAUCCAACAAAUAUAGCAGCAGGGCUGUCAGGGCCCCAGGUGCCCACAGAGCCACCCUCACCACUGGCGUCUCCUACAUGCCAGGCACCAUGCUACGCAUUGGAUAGGCAUUCUCUCAUUUCCUCUGUGCAACCAUCUAUGAAGUAAGGUGGAAGUUUUGUUGGGUUGUGUUUCACCGACAAACACCCAAUUCAAUAAACAUUUCUUGAGCACCUACUGUAUGCCAACCUACAGAGACAAAUCUGAAGCGAGGGGCUAUGGAGUCUGGGUAAGGCAUGGGCAGGCGUUAGAGUCCCCAGUUGUUCCCACCAGACCCCAGCCCAGCAGCAUUCUUAGAGGAGAACCGCUGUUCAGCCUGCACCCGCUUCAUGGGGUGGGUAGGGAAGGAGGGUCUUGGAGACCAGCCCAGGGGCUGAGGCUCUCUUGCAGGGGCCUUACUGGGCUAGGUCAUCACUGAGGACUUGGAGGUGUGCAGAGCUGCUGAGCCCGCCUGCCACCAUCCGUGAACUCAUUCAUUCAUUUAUUCUCCAAACAUUUGCUGAGCACCUACUGUGUGCUAACUCUUGUCAUCGGUGCUGGGAAUGCCAAGAUGAUUAGGACCAAGCCCACUCUAGAUGCUCCAGGAGCCCAGCCAGGGCUCCACAUGCAGUAGUAGCUGAAGCCCUAGGUGAUCUUGUCCCUGGGUGAGGAUGCAGCGUUUCAGGCGAGGCCGGCACUGGGGAGACCUCAAACCAUGUAAGCCUGACAUGGAAGGGAGAUGCCAGUGGGCAACAGAACAUUCGAAAUAAAGACCUGGAAAAUCAGCCCUCAACUGACACUUGAAGAGUAUAACACCGGAGCUCCGUGUCGAACGACAAAGGCAGCUGAGAGCUCUGUAAGGGAGAUCAUUCCUCCCCAGCUGCCACCUGGACUCAGUACUCUCCAGCCUGGACGAAUGUUUCCGGUACAUGGGGACUUCAGAGACAGGGGCGCCAGCACUUAACAAAGAGUGUUUUCCUUUAGAAGAGAGGAAGCGGCCAUGAGGAAGUAGUCCAGGCAGGUUGGAGCUACAAGUGGGGAGGAGACUUGGACAGAGUUUCCCGCAUAUUAUUAAAACGAGAAUAAGGUUAAUACUUAGAGUUCACAUCAAGCUGAGAGCUGGGGAGCUGCGGGUUCCACCCCUCAGGUUCCCUGAGAGCAACAGUUUCCAUGCUCUAGGAUUUCACGGAUCAGUAAAAUCUGAGGGAAAGAAGUUGGUAACUGACAGAGCUGCCAAAUUUUUGUAUUGUCAAGUAAGCCCACUAAAAAAAAAAACAAACUAUCAUCUCAUCUCAAGUAUUUCAUCAAAGUGAAUUUUAAACGCCAAAAAGAAAAAAAAACCAAAACCUCAGUGCUUGAAAAAAAAACUCCGAGGAACCACCACCCAUCAGAAGCUGCCCAUGGAGAUGCUGGUGUUGGAGGAUGAGAAGCACCACAGGCCUCAGAGUCCAUCCUUACAAAAGGUUAAGGGUCAAGAGCGCGUGCGUAAAACAUCCCUAGACCUGCGGAGGGAGAUCAUCGACGUGGGUGGGAUCCAGAACCUCAUCCAGCUGCGGAAAAAACGCAAGCAGAAGAAGCGGGAAGCCCUGGCAGCCUCCCAGGAGCCACCUCCAGAGCCGGAGGAGAUCGCUGGCCCCGUGGACGCGGAGACAUUCCUGAAAGCGGCGGUGGAGGGGCAAAUGAAGGUCAUUGAGAAGUUCCUGGCGGACGGGGGUUCCCCCGACACUUGCGAUCAGUUCCACCGGACAGCACUGCACCGAGCUUCCCUGGAGGGCCACAUGGAGAUCCUGGAGAAGCUUCUAGAGAGUGGGGUCACUGUGGACUUCCAGGAUCGGCUGGACUGCACAGCCAUGCAUUGGGCCUGCCGUGGGGGCCACUUGGAGGUGGUGAAGCUUCUGCAAAGCCGGGGAGCAGACACCAAUGUGAGGGAUAAGCUGCUGAGCACCCCCCUUCACGUGGCAGUCCGGACGGGGCACGUGGAGAUCGUGGAACACUUUCUAUCCCUGGGCCUGGACAUCAAUGCCAAAGACAGAGAAGGGGACAGUGCCCUGCAUGACGCCGUGAGGCUCAAUCGCUACAAAAUCAUCAAACUGCUGCUCCUGCACGGGGCUGACAUGAUGAGCAAGAACCUGGAAGGAAAGACCCCCACGGACCUGGUGCAGCUCUGGCAGGCUGACACCCGGCACGCUCUGGAGCACCCGGAGCCGGGGUCAGAGCAGAACGGGCUGGAGGGGUCUGCCGAGAGUGGGCGGGAGACCCCCCAGCCUGUGCCAGCCCAGUAAACGACUGUCCCAGCCCCGCCAGGCACCUGGCCUGUCCCCUGCGUACAGCCGGAGGGUCAUAAGAAUGGCCCCCAGAGCUGAGGACCGCACCACUCCUCUGUGUUUGCCCCGGGAGCACCCACA